ACCUCCGCAGGCGUCCUCUGAUUGGCUCAUUUGAAACGGCGCUUCCUCCCCACUUGUAUCCCUUGAACAAGUGGGCAGUCUCUCUUUCUGUAUCACCUGCUUAUUUCCAAGCGACGUCCAGGAAAAAGAAAACAAUGGACCACCAGCCGCUGAGAGCUAAUGAGUCUGCGCUGAAGUGAGAACAUCAUCGCGUUGUCGUGUUAUUGGUGACUGUUUACUUGUGUGGAAGUUGGGAAAUCUGCUUUUGUCAUGACUCAGAAAAGCAGGAAACUCUCAGUGGGCAGUUCAGUCGUGGACGAGCGCUCCCCUCUUUUUACGAGAAGAGGCAUCGGGAAGAAGUGCAGCCGGAGCCAGAGCCUGAAUUUGGGGACUGUCAAACAGCAGCAUGGCAGGCAGCUAAAUCAAAGCUUGAGGAUGGGCAACAGGGACCAGAUCACAGCAGGAGAUUAUCUUAGCAGAUCGGACGGGCUCACCAUCACUCACAGCUACAUAAAGUACAAUAAAACCUUCCACAAACUGUUUCAAGAGAUCCCCGCGGAGGAGAGGCUGACACACACGUUUACCUGUUCCUUGCAGAGGGAGGUCCUGUAUCACGGAAAACUCUUUGUUUCGGAGAACAGCGUGUGCUUCUACUCAUCUGUGCUGCUGAAAGAGACCAAGGUGGUGAUUGCUAUUUCCAGUGUGAAGGAGAUAAAGAGACAUAACCCAACCCUGUCUGUGCUGUCUGUGCUAACAUCCAGCGGAGAGAAGUAUUUGUUUGCAUCAGUGAGGAACUAUAAUGUCUGUUGCAAACUCCUCCAAAGCCUCUGCUGUCAGCCUCAGGAGAGCAGCCCAAGCAGCAGCCCUUACCUGUCCUCUGCAGAGUUUGAGCAUGAUGCGGCCUCCAGCUUUUCCAGUUUAGAGGACAGUUUCGAGAGCGUUGUUCUCAGCGACAGCAUUUCUCUGAUCGACGGUGGAGCUGACGGCACAUGCAAGUCCGCAGAGGGAGGCGGUUUUACAAAUGAAAAUGACCGAGCUGGGUCUUGGAUUUGGAGGUUCCUUGAGAAAGUUACGCUUUUAUUGUUCUUCAGAGAAGUUCUGAGUCUAAGAGUUGUCUUCCACAUCUUCCUGAUCCUAAUGUUGCUGCUGCUCUUGUUGUCCGGCUACAUCGGGCUGAGGAUCACCGCUCUGGAAGAGCAGCUGAGCUCUCUAGGAGCCCUGACCGAUCUGUCUCCGCUCUACGCAGAGUACCAGAAAACAUAAACACCUGUAACAAAGACAUCUUGACAAUAACACAUACUGACUUUAAUAAUGUAUAUUUAAACGAAGCAUGUAUAAUAUAACUUUUUUUUUUUCCAGUAUUGCACACAAAUACUUUUCACAACAGAAAUCAAACUUGAUGUUCUACAUCAAAGUUGAUGUUCUACAUACAGCUAAUCUUAAAGGUACUUCUGGGUUCUAUAAAACCCAGACGUACAUGUGUUGGCUUUCUGUUUCAGUGUACCAAAGGUUUCUAAAAGUUACCUCCACAAAUUUCUUUCGUACAAUUGCUAAAAUCAACUUCGUACUUCUGCCAACCCAAUCCUUGAAAUGUGUGGAAUAUACCAGAGUUCUGAUAAGUGUGAUCUUGGUUUCAUUAAGACCCAAAGUGUUUAAAGGUGCAUUAUUCACAACAGACAAUAUAAUGGUUAAUUUCCUUUUAUUUAACUGACAGACAUAGCACAGUUUUGACAGGUGUAACUUAGUGCUGCCCUUCCCCCACUUGUUGCUGUACUGUGGCAAAAGAUGGUGCUUUUAUCAAGGUGUGCAGUUCUUAAAAAUGCAGUUUAGAUAAUAGCUAAUCUCAUUGGAGAUUAGUUAUUACUUAUCCAGUGAGAUUAGUAAUAAUUAAUCUCAUUGGACUACUUCACAGGUCUUUGCUUAAAUCUAUUUAUCAAAAAAUAAUGUUAUGCAUAUAUUACAACUCUAGAACUGUUAUUUUAGUGGCUAUGUUUGUUCCACCAAAUAGAUCAUAUUUCACUUUUAUGUUUGGUGUUUGUUCUUCUGUAAAGUGAAUACUAUAAAACUAUAUUAGUUUUACUCAAGUCGGAGGUGUGUGUAGGAAUCGCAUGCAUGUGAGCGUCAGAAGCUAACAAAGAAGCUGGAGACAACUAGCGUACCUUGGCAGUGAUUGUUUUUUUUGUUUGUUUGUUUUAAUUAUGUUGCUUGGUUCAGCUAUUUUUGAAAAUCGAAGAACAGACUCAGUCUAACUCGGCCGGAAUAUAAACUCCCUAGGUCUUUAUUUUUAAGCCCCACACACAAUGGUGGUGUUCUUUUAUUGCACCUUUCGAAUUGAUGUACUUCAGCCUGUUAAUGACAGCAACUGGCCACCAGAGGGCAGUAAGCCACUACAGAUUUAUUAAACCAGAGUAGCAAUGGCGUCCCGAUUUUGCUUGAGCUACCUUACGUUUACCCCAAAAAACAAUUAAUACGUAGAAACCAAAACCACCUUAAGAUUCUUCAAAAACUAAUAUAAAAAGGGUCAAAUUUUCUAUUUUGAUUCACUGUUGGCAAAUUGUUUUUCACAAUUGAAGAAUUUUCUGGCACCAAUUGUUUGUAAAAUGUGCUCUGACAGUAUGAAUUUAAUACAUAAUUUAAAGCUGAUUUCUUUUACCUGAAACUUAUCGUUUUUACAAGAAUCCCUAACAUUUUCAUUCAUCACUUCCAACAUGGCAGAAGUCUUAAAUGCACAAAUAUUUGCCUGCCUUUGUAACUGCAUAGUGGAAUAUAUGUAAAUUUAUGGACUGUACGUAAUAAAAAAAAAUCACCCAAUUUCAUGUUUUUGUACGUAAGUGAUUUUAUUUUGUCGUCCAUAAAAAGGUCAAGAUUCAGUCCCAUGAAUUCAUUUCAUUACAUCAUAUUUUCAGUUUAAAAAAAAGCAACAUAAAAUUACAAAUUAUAAUACAAAGAAAAGAACAGGUAAGUACAGUAACCAUAUAAACAGUCUACUAAUAGGUUCUACAUCCCUCCCACCCCAACAUCAGACCCUGUCAAUCUCUAGCACACACACAAAAAAAACCCAUUACAUCAGUUAGUAUCAGCAUUAAAAAAAAAUUCAGAUAAACGUCCUCUUUCUUUUUCUUUUUUGGAGUUUUAAUGUUUCAACGCCAAGAAUUCACCUUUAUCCUCACAUUGACAACACAAGAUUAUGUUCCAUCCCAUCAUUUGCUCAGCAAAACACAACAGACAUGCAUACAGUUUAUACUGCUUAUCUCCCCGCCCUCCCUCUCACCCACCCCAA